CGGUCUGGAACCCCCCUCCACUCCCCCUCACAUUGAAAUGGGCGGUCUGGAAACACAGUGAGAGGAACCUCAGGUGCUUUACUCUGCUGACGAUAUUGACAGCAGCACGGUGCACCGAUAUAUUGUUUACAUUUUUUUUUUUAAGAGAAAGAAUAGCGACAAACUCCGAUUUACGUUUUGUGAAUUAGCGGUGCAUUUUUGAGCCAACAAUGGGGAAAGUGGAAGGAGGAAUGAAAUGUGUCAAAUAUCUACUUUUCAUCUUCAACUUCAUAUUCUGGUUGAUGGGCUCGUUGGUCCUUGCAGUCGGGCUGUGGUUGCGGUUCGAUCCUGAGACUGUCGCUCUGCUGAACGGAGACGGAGCGCCAGACACCUUCUUUUAUGGUGUGUAUAUCCUGAUCAUAGCGGGCAGUCUAGUGAUGUUGGUGGGAUUCUUUGGCUGCUGUGGAGCCAUACGAGAGUCCCAGUGUCUGCUGGGGUCGUUCUUUGCCUGCCUGCUGAUAAUCUUUGGCGCAGAGGUUGCUGCUGGUGUGUUUGGCUUCUUGAACAAAGACAAGAUAAUCGAAGAUGUCCAGAACUAUUACAUCAAAUCCUACAACGACAACAAAAACAACACAAUGAUACAAAACUCUUACCACAGAGUUCUCAACUGUUGUGGGACGUCCCAGAGCUUCUGCCCUGAGGCCCCAGCUGAUACCAAGGACUGUGAGGUGGGCAUCAAGGAGUUCUUCAACAGUAAACUCUACAUCAUCGGUUACGUGGGGAUCGGCAUCGCUGGAGUCAUGGUUAUAGGGAUGAUCUUCAGUAUGGUGUUGUGCUGUGCCAUCCGCAACAGCAGGGAGAUCAUGUAACCAGGCAGAGCUUCCACUCCUCCAGUCCCCCCUCAACAGCCCAACUCCAGUCCCCCCUCAACAGCCCAACUCCUGUCCCCCUCAACAGCCCAACUCCACUCAUCCAGUCCCCCUCAACAGCCCAACUCCAGUCCCCCACAACAGCCCAACUCCAGUCCCCCCACAACAGCCCAACUCCAGUCCCCCCACAACAGCCCAACUCCAGUCCCCCCACAACAGCCCAACUCCAGUCCCCCCACAACAGCCCAACUCCAGUCCCCCCACAACAGCCCAACUCCAGUCCCCCCACAACAGCCCAACUCCAGUCCCCCCACAACAGCCCAACUCCAGUCCCCCACAACAGCCCAACUCCAGUCCCCCUCAACAGCCCAACUCCAGUCCUCCAGUCCCCCCACAACAGCCCAACUCCAGUCCCCCUCAACAGCCCAACUCCAGUCCCCCAGUCCCCCCACAACAGCCCAACUCCAGUCCCCCUCAACAGCCCAACUCCAGUCCUCCAGUCCCCCCAACAGCCCAACUCCAGUCCUCCAGUCCCCCCAACAGCCCAACUCCAGUCCUCCAGUCCCCCCAACAGCCCAACUCCAGUCCUCCAGUCCCCCUCCAGUUCCCCUCAACAGCCCUCCUCCAGUUCCCCUCAACAGCCCUCCUCCAGUUCCCCUCAACAGCCCUCCUCCAGUUCCCCUCAACAGCCCUCCUCCAGUUCCCCUCAACAGCCCUCCUCCAGUUCCCCACCUCAACAGCCCUCCUCCAGUUCCCCACCUCAACAGCCCUCCUCCAGUUCCCCUCAACAGCCCUCCUCCAGUUCCCCUCAACAGCCCUCCUCCAGUACUCCAGUCCUCCCACCCCACUGACAUCUCCACUUCUAUGUACGUUCUGUAGUCAUCAUGACAAAGCUUUUCCACAGCCAGCACACUCUCUUCACGUGCCUUUUUUUUUAAAACACAAAACAAACAUAUUAAAAAAUGAAUCAGUUCAGUAGUUUGUAGUAAUAUCUAAACUGCCCGGCAACUAGAUUCCAAGACAUUACACUGUAAGGUUUUAAAAGACAUCUGUAGGUGAUAUAUAUAUAUAUAUAUUGGGUUUUUUUGGCCAACAAGUAGCACUAGUGACAUGACUGUUGACACGAUGGUCACCUUCCAGACCAACUACAUUACAAACGUUGCAUUGCAUCAACCAAUGGUUGUGUCCCACGUCAUCGACUACACAGUCGGACAUUAGAUGGCUGUAUCAUGUGAUGAGGCUUUAGCUGAUGUGUCAAACACCAUUCCGAGUGUUGUGAAAUCUGGCAGGCGUAUGGCAAUGUAGUUAGCCUGGAGCGUGGCCAUUGUGACAGCCAGCUCUGCGAGGCAGACGCCCCUGGUAACAGUGGUGGUGGUGGUGUAACCGUGGUAACAGUGGUGGUGGUGGUGUAACCGUGGUAACAGUGUAACCGUGGUAACCCUAUUCCCUUGAUAUUGCACACUGUUUUAACAGGGCCCAUACGGUCAGACGUAGUGCAAUCUAAAAGGAAUCAGAUUUCAUUUGAUGUUUGUUGUUGUUGUUUUUUUGUUUUUUUUUUACGGUAAAUUGACUGAACACGUUCUCAUUUACAGCAACGACCUGGGGAAUGGUUACAGGAUUGGGGCGGAUGGUCAUACCGGUAUUAUACGGUAUUACCAGAAGUGGACACAAGGGGCGCUAUUUGAAAUAUAUAUAUAUAUAUUGGGGGGGGGGGUUGACACGCAAAACAAAUUGGGCAAUAGGGAUUUAGAUCCAGGAGAGGAUUGGAUGUCUCUAGUCUGGGUAACAGUCUCUUUAGCCAACGUUCCACUCCUUGCCACUCCAUGUCAUCGCCAAAGAGACUGGCCAAUCAGCUAUCUCAACGCUCAAUAUGCAGCUGGAUCUAUGGCGGAGUUGCUCAUUGGUUGUUGGAAAUAACAUUAUUAAUAUUUUCCAUGACAAAAUGUAAUUAUAAUUAAGAACAAAGUCAUAUUCAAAACAUUGAGCUGUUAGCUAGGUAAGUUCUUGUGUUUUUAGGUUUCAAUUCAAAGUGUUAUUUUGGUGUGAAUUACAGUAUUUAUUUCGUUUUUACAAGUGAGCUAGCAACUUUUGACAGACUGGUUUCAUUUGGACAAACAAAAAAAUGGUUGCUUAGCAACUGGAUACCAAUGUGUUCUGUGGAGAGAGAAAAAAAGUGAUAGUUCCAAUAUUUGGAUAAUUGUUGUGAUUGGAGGAUAAAUUGGAGGGGUUAUCGAAUCAGGAUCAACUCCUGUCUUCGCCUCAAGCUCAUUUAAUGAUAGAAUGUUGAUAUUUGAAGAUGGCAGAAAGGUCAGUCUCUUUGGCAGUGACCAGGAGUACAAUAAGUGGAUUAGCUAAAGACACUGGCACCCAGGCUAGAAUGUCUCUGCUGUAACCAAGAAGAUUGAUCUUGACCUAUAGCUAACUUAGCAAACCAAAUGCAUAGCUGGAGAUCACUGAUUUGACACAUCUUAGAUUUAUUUUAGUUACACUUAACUUGUUUCUUAUUGUCAUACUUAACGUGUAAGGGAUAAUCAACGAGAUGAUAAUAAUAAUAAUAAGCAAUCAAUGAAUAUCCCUUUCAUACCACGGCUAUAACUUAACACAUUAGCCGCUAGUUUUAACAUCCACUGAAGUAGCUAGCAAGUUUACUAGAUAGCUACAGUAGUUGCCUUGGACACCAAACAAACAGACUUGCUAGUUUAACUAACCAAACCAUCUGUCCUAGCUUUCCAUUAUGACAAUCGAAUUCAACAAUGCUAGUAAUGUUUUCAAUUCGCCUUUUGCUUUUAAAAGCAGCUCAACUAUUACAACAUGUAAGAAUGAACUGUAGCGUUUGAAUUCUACCGUGCUGAUAUACCGUGCGUUAUAGAGAAAUAAUGCACGUUCUAGAAUGCACUUCAAGCCAAUCAGAAAAGGAGUAUUCAACAAUGCCAUGGUAUAAAUAGUUCUAGGCAGUUGUGUAGUACUCAGCCUCCCUGUGCCCCUAACCCACCCCAAAAUAAAUAUUAUAUAAACGCUAUUGAAAAUAAUAGUCUGCAGGCUUGUGUGGUAUCCAGAUUGUCACACUUUUUAUACCGACCUUGUGCCAUACCGGAAUAUUCGGGAAUGCCGGCACUGAACACAAGGGCUGCUAUUUUCAAACCCCACCUCCUGUAAUCUAAAGGUUAGCAAUGCUAACAGGUACAUGUAAAAUCCCAUAGAGAAUAGUAAAUAAAUGCUAACGAGCGCAUUGCGAAAAUUUUAUAGUCUCUGACCUAAGCUAUUGCAGGACAGACAUCCCAGCUCAGGGGAUUCUCUGCUGCUACCAAGUGAAGCUUGAUUUUGGAAGAAGCUAAGCACUUAGCUAGAUAGCUAACGAGCUAAUAAAUUAGCAAACCAAUGCAAAACUCCAGAGCAUUUUAGCACAUUGUUGACAGUUAACUUUUAAUAGUUAGAAGAUAUCUAGCUGGCUGACAUUUAGUUGUGAAUCCCCUACGGUAACUAGAUCACCUGGUGUAUAACAGUGAGUGACUUGCAAGGCUCCGGUCUCUAGUCAUUGUGUGCUUCUAAACCACGUGACUGGGGACAACCGUGGAGAUGUUUUUUGUGACCGCUGAAAUUAGGAAUGCGAUCUUCUUUAUCUCCUAACGCAUUACACAAGCUAACUGCAGGUAUUUACUUAAAAUAGAUACAAAUAUUCAAAAUCAGAUUUAAAAAAUAGUUUCAAAGGUAUAAAAAAAGCAUCCAACGGCUAUUUUCAAAUACCCCGGUAUACAGUAUACUACCCAAGCCUAAUGCCAAGGUCACUAAUCUCCUCCUUGUGAAGGACAAUACAGUUGUUUUGUACUGAAUCUUAUUCCCUAAAGACCUGUUGCAGUUCCGCUGUCUGUGAUUGUGUGUUAAUUUAUUCUCUCAUUUUAAUGGCUGAUGUAAUUUGAGUUCAGAUGGCUUUCCGAGCCGCUCAGGAAGAUAGAUGUUCUGUUCAACUAAUACACUUUUAAACUGUUUUACCCACUUGUCUCUUUACUGCCGUUCUCCUCGUCUCUCUACUUUUUCAUUCUUUUCUGUUUUAUCAGAAUGUGAAUCCAUCUUCAGAAGUCACACACAAUCUCAAUCAUGAUAGUCAGACAUUACAGAUGCUGUAUCUUAAUUUGACCGUGCUGUUGCUGCACAAUUUUAAAUGCAAACCUGUAUUUGUAUGUCGAAUUUAUUAUUAUGGAUCCCCAUCCUGGGUUCAUGCAAAAUUUAAGGUUUUAAAAACAAUACAAUUACAUUCACAGAUUUCACAACACAGUGUUUUCCCUCAGGCCCCUACUCCAACACUACCACAUAUCUACAAUACACGUGUGUGUGUGUAUGCAUGUGUCUGUGACUGUGUGUGUAUGCAUGUGUCUGUGCCUGUGUGUGUGUGUCUCUUCACAGUCCCUACUGUUCCAUAAGGUGUAUUUUGAUCUCUUAUUAAAUCUAAUUUAAAUC